AUGAAUAACUCUACAGUGAACUUCACUACAUCUGAAACAUCUACAAACUCCACAACUCAGUCAUUUUGGCUAAUGAACUUUGUUGAAACCUGUAUACUUGGCAUUAAUUUCCUGUUUGGUGUUCCUACAAACAUCUAUGUUAUAUGGCUCAUCAUCACAGGAACAGGAAGUGGAGUUGCAUCAGAGUUCUUCCGUCUCAAUCUCUCUAUUUGUGAGCUUGUUAACUGUCUGAAUAGUUUACUUGCUAUACUGCCAAUGUACUUUUCAAGUCUGUCAUUUUUACCCUAUAUUCUACAAGGACUAAUUCAUACUGGUCGUCCUCUGUUUCAGUGUCUGAUCUGUGUUGAGCGUUACCUGGCAGUGGUUCAUCCUGUAACAUUUCUGAAGUUUAAACCACUCAGAUAUAGAGUGAUCUGCUGCACUGCCGUGUGGAUAAUUAUUAUUGGCUCCUGUUUUUUUAAUUUAUUUUUUAUCUCACAAAACUUUCAUGCACACAUAUGGUUCUUCUCAACACAGUUCCUCCUCUUCCUCUCCAUCCAGUUGUUUUUCCUUGUGGUUGUUCUCAGAGCUCUAAAGCAGUCAGGACCAGGAGAGAGAGUGAGAGAGAGAAAGGAGGAAAACCACAUGAAGAGAAGAGCGUUUCAUAUAAUUCUAAUAACUACUGUGAGCAUGACAUUUAUAUAUGUCCCAUAUAGUAUCACAGGAUUUUGUAUAAUUCUGACACAACAGAAUUAUCAGGUAUAUUGGCUCCCUGGUUUGGUAUGUUAUGUGUUGGCUGGUUUUGUUCAGCCUGUUCUUUAUCUUCACCGAACUGGAAAACUCUCCAGCCUCUGUUCCUCAUAA